AUGCAACCAUUUGCCUCAACAGCUGUUAAUGAACCCGGAAGAGGCAUACUUAUAUGUCAGUGCUAUGGCAACAUGAGCAAGUUUGAAAGAAUUCAUGCUCAAUACCCACUAAAGUUCAUUCCAACAUCUGGUCACGCUGCUAGACUGGCUGUAGUGUACAUGCUUAGUUAUGGAGGUGGCAUCAUCAGUGGAGACAAAUUCAACAUUGACAUUGUUGUAAAGAAAGACGCCAUCCUUUUACUUAUGACACAAGGAAAUACCAAAGUUUUUAAAGAUCGUAUCGAUCAACGUUUAUGGUUAACUUCACUUGGCAGCCUUGUUCCAACCAUUCAGUUUUUUAACACCAGAGAACAACAAACAGCUGUUAAACCGUCUGUACAGAUUAUUCAUUCUCAAGUAGAACCUCAAGCGACAUUACUCGUUUUACCUGAUCCUGUCACCUGUUUUCGAGACGCAUCUUUUCAAUCCAAACAAGUGUUUCAUCUUGCCGACAGUUCUCAACUUGUCUUACUUGACUGGUUUACCUGUGGAAGACUGACAAGAGGUGAAGUUUGGUCAUUUCGACAUUAUUCGAGUCGAAUUGAUGUACAUGUGGAUCAAAAGAUUGUCAUCAAAGAUGCCAUGGUUCUCGAGGAUGAAGAGUACAUGAAGAAAAAAGAAAAAGAAACAGCCUAUGCCGAGCGAUUACACCCUUACUUGUGCUUUGCAACACUCAUCAUCAUUUCCUCAGGUCAAGGAGCGCUAUCGGAAUGCGUCAGUGGUCUACAAAAGAAGUCGGAAGCGAUGCGUCUGCUUCCUUUAAGUUUAAAUUCAGAAAAGGAACGACAGGUACUGUGGUCUGUGAGCCCGAUAAUGAAGAACAGAGGCGUUCUUGUACGAAUGGCAGGUAUGACGACUGAGCUGGUGAGAGAUUUUGUAAAACAUGAAUGUUUGGUCCAUCUGCAGCAAAUUGUAGGUGAAGGCAUGUAUCAUAAGAUUUUAGUGUAA